CAACAUUUCGUAGUCGAGUCCUGGUAGUACAACACAAACCAUGCACUCUUCGGUAAAAUAAACAUUCCAAUAUUAGUAUAUAUUUGUUGCUAUCAAUCAUUAGUGGUUGAGUGAGUCUGAGUGGAUAAAAAGUGCGAACCGAACAUGAAGGCUUUCAUUUCGCUGGUAAUCUGUGUGCUGUUUUAUUUUGUGGUCGUGUUUUUCGCUGAGGUGUUCGGUUCAGAGACAAACGAUAAAUAUUCUGUGGUAACUGAACCAUAUGAUCCAAUUUUAGUAAAGUCUGCCAAUUACGCUGUGAAGCCAACUUCGAAAUACGUUCCCAACGGGGUUGAAAUGAAUGAGCACCAGCAUGAAAAAAGAGAGACCAUGACUCAUCCGAGCACGCUUGAAACGCUUCAUUCGGAUCUACGAGGUCGGAAGUUUCCCGUCUAUUUCGAGGAGCCGCGAUACAUUUUUCUGAGGCAACCAGAAUCUCUUCCACAAACCGAGGAUGGUCUUUCCUUCAUUCCUCAACGGGGAAGAAAAUCUGAAUCGGAGGCAUUAUUGGAAAAAAGAGAACUUUCGAUCAGACAGAUGCUCGAAGGUGGCGAUUAUUUCGUGCCCAAUCGUGGCAAAAAACAAAACGGAAACGGUAUCACAAAAAAGAUAAAAUUUGAUGACAUUCUCGGACCGGAUGAUUUCAUUCCGAAUCGUGGAAAGAAGGAACUUGCUGAUUUUUUUGUGUCUUCACUUGGCCGUCGCCAUUCGAUCAAUGAUCUUCAGCCGUUCUUCGCCAAGAAAAGCGUUCUAACAACCAUUCAAAACGACAGUAACAAAGAGCGUGGAGGUAGCGUGCUGUUCUAUCCGACCCGGGGCAAAAAAAGCAUUUUGGAUAGUUUGUCUCAGAAUCAGGACACAUUUUUUUCGUCGCGUGGCAAACGGAAUCCAAUUAUCUGGAGCAUACUGAACGACGAGGAACUGGAUCCGUGGGAUUAUGGGAUGACUGUUGAUGGUAGUUAUGAUACCGUGUCAGCACUUGAUCGCUAUCAAACUAACAAGAUAAUUCAGUAGAGUUGCAUGGACGGCACCACUAUGAAACAAAUUAACGGAGGACUGACGUUUUUCAUGAAUUCAUUAAUAAGCUUGUUGUGAAGAAAUUGUUUUUCUUUUCGUUUCACAAGAUGAUAAAAUAUUCAUAGAGAAGAUAGUUGAUAGAUAUUGAAAUAAAACUUAAAAAUGCAAAUGGACAAAGCUUUGCUGAGAAACCGAACCAUCCCACCCUCCUACUAACUAAGCAUGGUACCGGUAAACAGAGCCCUUGGCUUGUUAUUAUGUAUUUAUCAUCAGAGCUGCUUGUGUAUAUUUUUUCUCAAGCGAACUGACUGAAUGACUGACUGACAUUUCGGCCAUUUAAAGAAAGUUGUUAAUUUGGCCACAAAACUAGCUUUCGUGGCUGAACUUGGGUUGCACUCAUGCCAGGCGUGUGCUGGUGUCUAGGUUAACAGACGGCAACCUUGAACGGCUAAUUCGUUCUGCGAUUGUUGCGCAUUAGUUGUAGGACUGGAAUAUCCAGCCCACUGCCGAUUCUCCGGCAAAUCGUGCUGUGCUCUGGUGGGUUUUGAUAUUUUGUUUCUGAAUCUUUUUCUUUUUUUCGAUGGGUUUUUGUGCUUUACACCGGCGGGUACCGCUAACUUGCUGGCUAAUGGCCGGGGUUUCUCUUUGGCUGUUUGAAAUUAGGGACACACAUCAUUUGCGAACAAUGAUACGUUCGCUCAAGCUGUGAAUGCCGAUUUCACGAACGUCUUCUCCGAUUACGACGCGGCAAUGAUCACCUCAAAAGGUGUAUUCGCAGAAUCAUUAAUAUUUAAUUAGCAUUAUUCGACUAUCACAGGCAGAUCUACAAAAUGAUAGGGAUGGCAGUAGUUCCAACUAGGUAGAUUAGAUUAUGAAAACACAGAAAAUAGUUACGGGUGAGAAAUGUGACUAAGAGUAUUUUGAUUUGAAUUCCAUUCAUAUUUGCAUUCAUAUUUGAGCACUGACAUCAUUUUUUGGAAUCGGCAAAAUUUAGUGUAGCACGAAGCGCAUUUGGUCAAGGUUUCGAAAAUGGCAACCACGGGGAUUUUUUUAUCAUUUUUGCGCCUUGUUUUUUCGCGGGUAUAUAUCCUCUAAUAUUGAACAAUACGAAUGACGAACCCGAAAAAUACUCCAUGCCUGUCAUCUAUUAAAUCUUGUCGAUGCUUUUUGUACGACCUGAAAAUGACUAAAAGACCGUAAGGAGGUGGAAAGGUAAAUAAAAUCCAUAUUUUCAACUGGAACCACAUUUUUCGGUCGUAGUCUUAUUUCAAUUAGAUAAUACAGCUCUAAAAUUUGAGACAAAAAUGGAUUAAUGCUUUUUAAUUGUGAAGUAAUGGGAAACAACUUCUAUUGUAACAAAUCGAAAAUUCGAAUCAGUUUUUUGAACCAUACCAACAGCUUGCAUGUCUAACCUGUAUUUUGUUUACUACUUUGAGUCUUCUCUUUGAAACAGUAUUGUUAAAACCUUAUAUUUUCAUUAUUUUUUUUUUUUGGAAAACAAUUGAACUUAUGUAAAGGGAUAGAUAUUUUCUGCUGAAGAGCAAUUUCUUCAAGCUUGAUCCAACCCAAUAAUAUUCCAAAAAGAUUUUUUUUGCAAAAAACAAAAAAUGUUAAAAAAAUGCAAUUAAAAAAACUGUCUCAUGCGUUUUUUUGUUAACGCGAGCCUAACAAUAGAGGAAAUUCUAAUUGCAUUAUGAAUAAACUAUCAGUAAAAAGUAUAGUAUAGUAGUAGUAAAGUAUAUGCUUUUAAAUUUCAUAGGUUUUGCCAGACAUAUGUAUAAUUUUAUAUACAAUGUGAUACUAACUGUCAUUUCAAAGCAAAAUGCUCUUAAGAAAAAUCUUCCAAAAUAUUUUAAUUCUCUUGGAACAAAAAUAUAUAGUAGUUAUUCCCAACUGAAUGGCUGGCGUCCAAAAACGGCUAACCCACAUGUUUUCCCAAAUUUACAUUUUUGCAUUUUUAAUACAUUAUAAGUAAUCUAUGUAAAGUGUCAUUUGAGAAAUUUGAAAUAAUUAAUAGCUGACAAAGUUAACCUUGGAGGUAACCCCAGUACUAGCUGGCGUCCAAAAGGGGCUAAUCCCACAUUGUGUUGUAUGGAAAUUAAAGUUUUCUCGUACGUUUUCCGAGGUAUUAAGAAAAAGUAGUCAAUCGAUUCGCCAUCAGUAAAUGUUAUGU